UACUUCGCACACUCGCUCUCUCUCGAGUCUGUUGCUUUCUUGUUGAGAAAGAGAAAGAGAAGAGAGGGAGGAGGAGAGUUGGGUUGGGUCUCGGCGGCGGAGAAUGGAAGAGAAGGGGUCGAUGCUGGUGCAGAUCCUUGCGGUCGCCCUCUGCCUCACUGCCUUCGGUUUCGCCAUCGCCGCCGAACGCCGCAGGAGCACCGGUACCAUAGAGACGGACAAGUUCAAUGCCACUUAUUGCGUUUAUGAUUCAGAUGUAGCUACAGGUUAUGGAGUUGGUGCUUUCUUGUUCCUUCUGUCCAGCCAAUCACUACUUAUGGGUGUCACAAAAUGCAUGUGUUUUGGCAAACCUUUAGCUCCUGGUGGAAAUAGAGCGUGGUCGAUAAUAUAUUUUGCCUCUUCAUGGCUAACUUUCCUAAUCGCUGAGGCUUGUCUAAUCGCUGGUGCUACAAAAAAUGCAUACCAUACCAAGUACCGGCAUGUGGUCUAUGCUCAGAACUGGACCUGCGAGUCUCUGAGAAAAGGAGUGUUCAUUGCAGGAGCUGUCUUUGUGGUUUUCACCAUGAUUCUCAAUGUGUAUUACUACAUGUAUUUCGCAAAAGCUACGGGUCAGGCUGCACGAAAGACCAACAAACCAAACCCAACAGUUGGAAUGACUGGUUAUGCUUGAAUGAUGUUGGGAACUCUAUCCUCUAUCCUCAUAGUGCAGAAGAAUCCUACAUCCGACAUCUGUGUCUUCUGAUGCUUAGCUAUUUACAUGCCACCAAGUACAGAGACUCCAGUUGAUGCAGUAGCUAUUUUUGUUUGGUCUUGGUUCUUAGUUUUGGCCCGGAAUUGUAAUCGACAUUAUAAUAUAACUGGACGGAGCUCAUCACCAAUGGAGUAAUGGUUUUGGUUUCCAAAGUGAAGGUUUGCCUGGAUAUUAAGGCUGUUCGGUAA